AUGAGCGGAUAUACUGUCUGCUGCGCCUUGUGCUGUGCGACCAUACUUAAUAAGCAUCGGGACCGUGAUGUCGGCCAUGGCAGAGACUCGGGACGCGAUAUUGAUAGAGCGUGGAUGGGGGAAUUCAUGAUCAUUGCUCGAGACCCCGAAACACAAGAGACUUUUAUAAUCGAGAAAGCACGGCAUCAUCGAGACAACACCUUUGACGUGCACGAUGAUGAACAAGUUGCUAAUUAUGGCGAAGCAUUUGACUCCCGACUCGUGACAGUGUACCACUGCGAAGGGCCUCAGGCAUUUGCAGCGCCAUUUCACGUCGAUUGCUACAAGGUGCUAGCAGACGCUUAUGAGCCGCGAGAUAUGGAUCUCUCAGCUCUUUAUGACACCCUUGAAAGCUACUGUCUACGUGAUGACAGCAUCAUUCGCUGCCAAUUGCAGUUCGACUAUGACAAGCCAAGACACAAUGUGGUCGGUACCGCCCAUGAUUUCUCGUACGCAUCACCAAGCCGCGUUUCUGAUCUAACCAUAUUUGUGGACGAGCUUAAAAUAAACUCACGAAGAUCUCGCUCAAGUGUUCCGCACAUCCUCAAUGGCGAAAGGUUGACUCCUACAAAAAUCUACAAUGAUAUGCCAUGGGCAAAGUACAUUUUUUCGGUCAAACAGCACAAGAUGACAAUUGAUAUGGCCAUAUACUACAAGAAUCUCGUCGCUCUCGGCAAUGGCCGCCUCAGGGAGGGGAACUUCUCACUUCCACUCAGAAUGCAUCUUCAGAAUCGGUGUCGACUGUGGGGUGUAUGUUCUCGACUUUUGGAGGAGUGCUCGGCACGCGGCCAGUCGGCGAACAGGACGAAGGCGAAGACCAAGACGAAAAAGCAGGAGCCUUUGAUUAAACAUACUAAGAAGGCUGACAAUAUUUUAAGGGGCGCCAUCUCGAGUCCCAUACCACUGUUGACAUUCCCAGCCUACGCCAGCACAGUCUAUGACAGAGUCAGCCUCAUCGAGGAGAUGAAAGAUCUCGAGAAAGCCGAGCCUGUGAUUAGGGUUUAUUGGGAUGCCAACAAGCACCUUGCUGGUAUUGGGGUUUACGAUCCCAGCACAGAUACGUUCAAGACCUUAGGGCCAAAGAAUUUAUUUCACAAGAGCCAAGAUGCCCAGAUCCCCCAAGAUAAUUGGCUAGCAGGAAUUUUCAUCGUGACGAAGGAAGUGCCUCAAGAGAUACCCAGGGUCUGGCGACGGGUGAUUGUAGGGAUCAAGUUUAUGUUCCUGUACGACGACUUUAUGUCGUUCGGUGAACCUUUGGGAGACAUCCGAGUUCUCGUUCCCAAGCCGUGGCAUACUGUGGUUGGCAUUGGCGCUUCGUGGAAUGAGGCAAGAGGAGUGGAAAGCCUGGUUCUUCUGCAGCAAGACCAAGACAAGGUGCCUCACUCUGCCCAAUGUCGGGUCGGGAUGGAAUACCCUGAUGACCUAGACGGACUAUCAGUGUUAACGAUGUUUCGACCCGAUCCUAGAAUCGCAAACUUCCUCUGGAGAGGCUGGAUCCCCCUCCAGCCCGAAGUCUGGCCUACUUACCCAGUGCGACUAGAUCCCUUGAUGCCAACGCCUGUAGAGACACUGAUGCUCACCAAGCCGCUCGGCGAUAACUUGGACUACAAAUUCAUUCUUGGAGUGGAUGCUCAGUUUCGCGGGUUUGAAGUGCUAUUUGAAUACAAGGACAAAACUGAUCGGCGAUCUAUCGGCCUCCCCACUGCCAUGCACUACUUCUUCAUGGAUAGCGAUGAGCAGAUCACGAAAUGCUAUAUUACUGGGAAGGAUAAAGUUGAGGGCAUUCGCUUCGUAACGGAUAAAACACAGCAUUUCAUUGUUGGUAGACCUGGACGAGAAGAGAGGGGCCUUGCCAAAGAAGGGUUAAACAUGGAGUCUAUUGAGGGUUUUCACUGCCGAUGGUCUGACGACCGAAACAGCUCCCUGACGUCCCUUGGGGUAUUGACGCUCGAGUUUAGCUCUGUGAAUUUAGGAGACGAACGCGAAGAUAAGGAUGUUGACAAUAUUUUGGGGCGUUACUGGGUCCCCGAACGUCCGCAGACAAAAUUCCCAAUAGCUGAGGUUGGAAGAGUCUUCGGUGAAACACCAAUGAUCGAAAGACUGCGCUAUCCCGGCCUUGGCGUGCCAGGUCCAAAAGCUGUCGUGACGUGGCUCGACUGCUCAAAACCACUUGAAUCCAUCGACAUUACGAUGUGUCAUAGCACGACGACAGAGCUGCUCAUGAUGACCUCCAUGAUCUUCAUGUACGCAGAGGGCCAUGAGGCAAUGCACUUCGGGCCAAUACCCGUAGUAUCACCAAAGCACGAGAAAGACGUCAAGAAGCAAGACCGAUGCGCUUGUAUACAUGGCGGUUCUUUUGAACAAGAGAUCGAAGAUUUACCUCACUAUGAACCUGAUAAAUGGCACGUUUACGGCGGUUACUUGAAGGCUCUUCGUGUAUGGGUUAACGACCUGGGCGUCUUGACCGGUCUACAGUUCGUGGCUGAUGAAUCUGAGAGUCAGCAGUGGGGGUUCUGCCAUGGCGAACACGUGGCUGAGUUGGAUCUCCAGAGCAAGGAGAGCAAAACAAAAGGGAUCAAGUUCUUCCUAGACUCGAAUGGGAGAAACGAUGUGAGCGAGGAUAUCGUCGUUGUAGCGGUUCAACUGAUCGAGGUACCAAAGAAUGGGGAUAAAGAACAAAAUAUCCGGCACAAGAAACCAAGAUAUAGGUGA